CAAGCAAGCAAGCGCGUGACGUGUGUGUGUGCAUGUGUGUGUUUGUUUGGUGCUGUCUGUGUUUGUGUAUGUGUGUAAAUGAGAGACAUGCUUUGAUAAUAACUGCAGACCAAUGAUAAUAAUAGCCUACUGUCACGUAUGCAAUUAUAUAAAAAAAAAUUAAUAAAUGCAACAUCUAUGAACACAUACAGACCCUUACAGUCUCUGAUAUGUUACCAAUUACAGAAAAACUACACACAGCAUACAUUUAGUCCUUAUUUGGGUUCAAAAACAACACGCAACAUAUAGCCACAGUCAGUGUAAACCUCUCAUCUGUGUCUGUAAUCUACACCAGCACAUGUAGCCUCUGUUAGAGAGUAAUUCUGUCAUUCUGAGUUCAUAAUAGUCCAAAAGGUGGAGGAAUCAUUUGCUCCUUUGUUUUUUUUUGCUGGCUUCUCCUUUGUUUUUUGGCGCAUCACUCUCACGUUUGUCCAUUUCUAAAAGGAUCGGAUGUCAGAAGCACUUCAGUAAUCACGCGCACAUUAUUAUCAUCAGCUCAAGAAGUUCAUUAUUUCAAAUAUAGACGCACGACGAGUUUACGCGAGCUCUCUAGAGAAAGUGAAACUGCUCACGCUUUUAGACGGCCAUGUAAAACAACAACAGGACACGGCAGAUUUUGGUCUUCUUGGUUUUGUGGCUGUUCAUCAAGACGACGACAAGAUUUGAGCUUGGGUCGACCAUGCCUUGUUAUUAUAUAUCAACCCAGGCUCAUUCUGAAAACGUAGUCCCGAGGAUGUUUCUGGAGACUGCGAAAUACGUCCCGGGAGGUACAUAUUUUUGCAGUUUUUGGUUUUCGUGAAUCUGCGAGAUGCCGCUGUGUGCGCCUUUUUGGCUUCUCGGACAUCUCCCGCGAGUGCCGUUCGCGCCCGGGCUGUUCUUGCGUGAACUCACCAGAGGCCGCUGUCGAACGAACGUCUGUCCGACUGGCUGAAUGAUUGACUCACCCUCCUCCUUCCCUGAACCCAACCGAUUUUAUCGAUUGACCUGCCCGCCCUAAACCCAACCAACGAUUUACAAAAGCUGUCCGGAAAAAGAAAAGCCCUCGUCGAAUUUUUUUUUUUUUACCACGUUUUUGGAUUUUACCACAUUCUCACCCUGUUAUAAACCUCUUCACUUUAUUUCUUGGAUUCUGUUUUAGUCUUACCUGAUUUCUGGAACCGCUCUUCCCCGGACUCGAACCCGGUCGUUGUCGUCGUGGUCAGCUCCUCUCUGCAUCUCGAGUCCGCCGACGCACAGGACGAGUUAAGCUACGGUCACACCGGGCUUUGUGUGUGCGAAAUUCUGUCGUGCGGCGCUGCGAAAAGGGGCGGGAUUAAACAAGAUGAUUAGACAUUAAUAAAGUGAGCGAUUGCUCCAUGUUUUUAAUUUCUGUCAAGAGAGGUCCUGUUUUGAUGCUCGAUUGAUCUCACGCAGUCAAGUGAUGCGAUUUUGCAGGUCAGAGUUCACCAAGCUUGAACUUUGCACGGCAGCAACAUGCAAAACUUGAUGCAUGACCCCGCGUUUCCGGUCUGACGCAUUCGCGUGCGUAUGAAUGGAAGUCUAUGGGAGGAAAAGCCAAGUGUGACCGCAGCUUUAACCGGACAAACUGGUUGCGGCGAGAAAGCUCUCCACACGAAGGUAAGCGGUCAGCCGGCGAGCGCUAAAAGGAACGGCGUCAUACCGCCCCGCAGCGUUCGCUUAAAAAAUUAAAUGCAGCCAUACGUACCUCCGGCUACAUUAAUCGCGGUCUCCAGAAACGUCCUCAGGACUACGUUUUCAGAAUGAGCCUGGGUUGUUAUAUGUCUAUAGUAUUACGAAGUAAUGUCUCGGCUGUGUAUUUAAAAAUGCCACUUCCUUUGUUUUAAUUCUCCUGGCUUGUACACGCGCUAGUGACGUUUCUCUGUAAACCAAUAAUGUUCAGCUGCGCGUCGAGCUCCGCCUUUUGGUACCUUUUGUCGUGCUAGGUACCCUUUGGAAAGGAUACACAAAAAGUGGUACGGUGUGGUACCGUACCACUCAGUGGAAACAGGCCAUCAGAAAACUGUAUGUCAAGAGUUUAAAAUCGGUGUUGGGAUAACGCAUUACAAAUAACAAGUUACGAAAUAAUGUUUUUCUAAGUAACAAGUAAUGUAUUUCUUGAAAAAAUUCUGUAAUAAUAUUCAAGUUAUUUUAGUUUCAUUAAUUAAAAGUUUGGAAAAAAGGGCAUGAUAGGACCCCAUUAACGUUUUAGUGAGCAUGUUUUAUUAUGUUUAAUAUAAAAACUGUACAUUUUUGUAAAUAAGCUCUCAGGGUUGUUGCUGCAAUAGGUGUUUAGUUAAUAAUUUCCCAAAAUGUGACCAGUUAUUGCUUUCAUAUGACCAUCUUAAAGAACUGUCUACAACACCUGUGUGUCUCACUGUCACUUUCUACAAGCUUUGCUCAAAAUGGAUGAACUUUGCCCUUUGGUUUAUCUUCGUUUUAUCGUUUUCAUGCUGAAAAUGGUCUGUGUUAGGCAGCCGGCAGAUCAAAUUUGAACUAGGUCAUUUUUUGCUGAUGAGGAAAAUGUCAGUAGACUUAGAGUUAGGACGGACUGAACAUUUAUUUAAAGUUUUGGUGAUUGGAGACCAUAAAGUUGGGAAAAGCAGCUUUGUUAAACGUUGUGUGAGGAAUCAGUUUUACGAGGAGUUGAAAACCACUAUAGGUGUGGAUUUUUCUAUGAAGGUUAUUGAUUGGGAUGCUCACACACGGGUGAGAUUACAGCUUUGGGAUAUUGCUGGUCAAGAGCGUGUGCGAGGACUGAAUCGUGUGUACUUCAAGGGAUCCAUUGGUGCGUUUGUAGUGUACGACCUGACAAACGGCUCAUCGCUGGAUGGGGCUCUGAACUGGAAACAUGAACUCGAUUGUCAAGUAAUGUUGAAAAAUGGCCAUCCAAUCCCUGCUGUUCUGCUGGCCAAUAAAUGUGAUGAGACUAAAGUGAGUCGGAGGAACGCAUCCUUCCUGGACAAGCUCUGCCAGGAGAAGGGGUUUACUGGGUGGUUUCAGACUUCAGCAAAGGAGAAUAUCAAUGUGGAUGAAGCUGCUAAAUUUCUCGUGAAGCACAUUCUCCAGAAUAACGAAGAAUCAGUGAAAGAAGAAGAGCAGAAGUUAAACCUCAAACCACAAACAAACACAAACUCUGUCUGCUGCUGACUUUACAAUCUCAACCAGACCAGUUUCCUUCAAGAGUUCAUUUUACAUAACUGGACCAGAUCAUAAUGCAGUGCAAACUUUUGUAUUUAUUGUUAUGUUAGAAAAUAUUAUUCAUCUAAACUAUGAUCUUGAUCGAGUACCAUGUUGAAUGAGUUCCAUGCUGUGUAUCUAAUAAAUACCUCUGUGUGUCUCAUUUCCCCUGCUAAUCCACUGCAUGCUCACGGGUUAUUAAAUACACCAGCAUGGAAGAAGACUAACGGAGAUCUGCCAUACACACUUCAGCCCAAAACAUUUCAUCAAGUCCACGGAAAUACUGUCAAGAUGCCAAAUUCAUUAUGCUCCUCUCUACUCUAGCAGGGUGCGCAGG